UCGAUGACGAGUAAAACAGGUUGGUGCACAGGUUCAGGUUAAGAUAUAUAAACUCACUGAGUUUUUGUCUGCGGACACAGAUACAAACUUCCAUCAGCAAACUCAAGGAGAAGAAUCUGUUCUGCAGAACGUGAAGCUGUCGACAUGAAGUUGGGGCUGCUGGUGGUGUUGGCUGUGGCAGUUGUAGCGCCCAACCUGUCUGAAGGCCGGAUCGUCUCCAGAUGCGAGCUGAGAGAAAAGCUCGGGGAGGCGAUGGUCUUCUUCAAAAGGUUUCAGGGAUGCAAAGAAAGACUCCUGGCGACAGUCAUCUGCGAAGUGGAGAUGAGCUCCCAUCUGAACAGCAGCCUGGUCAGGGUGGUCAGCCAACGCAGAACUGCAACCCCCAAACUGACGACAACCACACCAGCGAUCUCCGAACCAUCAGAAGCAGAUGCCCCAAAUCCAACCUCUGAAUCCAACCCAACGGCCCCGGGAGCUGGAGGCGUCAGAGCGAGGCGGGACGCUGACACCAGCAGCCUGGAGGACAUGCCCGACGAGGAAGAAAGCCAGUCUGAUGAGGAGGAGCUGGAGCAGGAUGAGGACGCGGUGGACAGCUCGGACGAAGAGAGCGAUGAAGAUGAGGAGGAGGGGGACGAGGAUGAGCAGGAGCUGGAGGAAGGUGGGAAACGUAAGAAGCGAUUCUCGCUUAAAUGGCGUCCCAGAAGGAAGAGGGGGCCGAGGUCCCAGAGUUUCUACGGGCUCUUCCAGCUGUCUGACAGACACUACUGUGAGUCACUGCAUCACCGGUCCAAAAACAGGUGUGAGACUACCUGUGAAGCCUUCACUGAUGACGACAUAGAGGAUGACAUUGACUGCCUCGUGAAGACUGGUCUCUGGAGGUUCAUACUUCGUCAUCCAUCUCACGGGUGUCGUCACAUCCGAGGCUUCUUCGAUGAAUGUGACCUAGCAGUGUCAGAAGACGUCACACCAGCCGUGAUUUCUUCUUCUUCAUCAGUGUGACCUUUGUGCUCUGAACUUAUUUCACACUGUGAAUCGUUUUUUUCUUUUUUAAUUCAUCAAUAAGAUUUCUUUACUGGAGUCUUUUUCCUGCAGUUUGUUUUUGGUUGAAAUGAUAUUAAACUGAAAAUAAAUAUCAAUAAUUGAACUCAUUUCAGUAGUACCGAUUACCACUUUAAUCUGUGAUCAUUUCCUGAUGAGAAAAACAAAGAAAACACCCUCUGUAUCUUCUGCUUUCUGCAAUUUUUCAAUAAACAUGUUUUGAUGAAGCAUUUGA